AUUAAUAUCCAUCGUACUUAUAAAAAAGAUUAAUAAAAAAAAUAAUAAAGUCUUCUUUCAAAAAUUAUAUUUUUGUAAACUAAAAUGAAGCAAAAGCUGGGAAGACCUCCAUUGAUUUAAAUAGAGUUUAAUGAAGGUAUUAAAUAGUCUAAUUUAGAUAAUAAUUAACAAUAAAACCAAUUUUCUACAAUAGUUAAUUAGUAAGGCUUAAAAGAGGGCAAUCAAGUUAAUUCUCCUACUCCAAAUUUUACUUCUCCAUCUAAUAAGUAGCAUUAGUAGUAAAUGCCUCAAGGAAGUUAUUAUUUUUCUUAGUUCCAUUAGCACCUUGCACCUUAAAGCAAUCCUAACUAAUAAGAAAUUUAUUAUAAUGAUAAAAAUGCUCAAAGCAUGCAGUUUUCAAAUUAAAUUCAACCAUUUUCUUAAUAUUCUUCAGGAUAACAAUAAAUUUAUUAAAAUUAAAAUCAAAAUGAAAGCAAUAAACAAGAAUUAGUCUUUAAAAAAAAUAUGUAAAACGAAAUAAAUGAUUCAAGUGUGUAUCAGAGUUCUUAAUCACCUUAUUAAUCUGAAAUUUAAAAUUAAUACAAUGACUAUUUGAUCGAAUAGAAAUACUAACAGUAUGUAAGUGGAUAAUCAAAUGAUUCAAUUCUAAAAAAGAAUUAAUCAAAUGGAUUUGAUACUUAAUCGAGUCAACAGACCAAUAGCAAUAGGGAUAUUUCCCCUCAAAUAAAAGGAAACUAAUCUAAAUAUAAAGGAAGCGAAGUUACUGAUAAUAGAAUUAAAUCAAUAGCAAAUGUUAACAAAUCACUUGUUAGAAAUUCCUCAUCAAGCAAUAUCGUUAUUUAGCCUUAAAGAAUUUAAGUUGAUAUGAGCGAAUUUAUGCUUAAAAAGCCUCCUUAACCACCUUCUAACAGAACUCCUUCAGGAAGAGAGUAAAACUCUCAAAAUAAUAUUAAUAAUAAUAUGAAUGAAGGAUUAAGCUUGUUAAACUUGACUCCAAAGUCUUAGUACCUCAAAAUAUCUUCAUCUUCAAAGUCUCCAUCCCAUAAAAAGACAAAGUCUUUAAUGGAUUUUAUUAAAAAUGGGAUAUCUAAUAGUACAAAAAAUUUGAAUAGACCGCUAAAAGAAAAUAAAUCAGCUAUGAAUUAAAAAGAAAAGUUGAACCAAAGCAAUUAAAACAACAGUUAGAAAAAUAUUUCAGAGGGAAGAAAUUAUAGCAGCAACUCCAGAAAAUAAAAUUUAAAAAAUGCUUAGGAAAAUACUACCUCUUAAAAUUUGAAAGUAAGUAACUUCUAUUCAUAGACUAAUAGAAGUGGAGCAAGCACUACUAAUUAAACAGUCUCGCCUUUAACAAGCCCUAAUACUUUAAACUAGUAAAAAUAAAAUAACUAAAGUAGCCAUAAUAUUUAAGCUAGUUAAGAAAAAAAAAAUAACAAAAAAAUAACAAAUUAGCGUACAUAAUCUACUUCAAACUUACAUCAAAAUAACUAGUAAAUAAAAUUCUCUCCACCAUCCAAAAAAGACACAAUAACUCAAAAUGGUGAAAUAAAUCAAAACGGAAUACUUUUUAAAAAUUCUACGAAGGCUAUUUCAAUUAAACAAAAGGUUUUAUCAGACAGUAAAAAACAAAAAUCAUCUAAAAGUUCUAGAUUUGCAACAGAGGCAGAUAAUGCAGAUUUAAAUGAUUAUGAUGACGAAAAUUUAAGUGAAUAAGUUGAAAUUAACAAAGUAUUAAAAAGUAAUGAAUAAUCUCCUAAGAAAAAUCUAGACUUGCAAAAUAAAACUAAUCAGCAAAAUGAUAUUCCUGAAAACAGUUUAAUUUACCGCUAAAUGAUGAUUACUUAAUCACAAAUAGGAAAAGAGCAUCCCACUCCUUCUUAAAUUAAAUAUUUAUAAUCAAACUAAAAGAAAAAAUACUUUGAAUAAUAGUCAGAAAAUGUUGCUGAUGAAGAAAAGAAAGAUAUAGAAAAUGCAUAAAAAAUUUUAAAUUAAGUCUAAAAAGAUAAUUUAGUAAUUUCUUAGUAAAGUUCUAAUAAAAAAAGCUCAAAUGCCUAUGGAACUGAUAGUUUAUGGCAAGAUAAUAUUGAAGAUUCAUUCUAAAAUUAUUAAAAUUAUCAUUCAAUUUAAAAAAUACCAGUUUCUUUAGGAUUUAAUGGAUUUAAGUAGGUUAGAGAAAGCCAGUCAUUAAAGUCUGGCUUAACCUAGUAAAUUAACUCAUAAAAUACUUUAAAUAGCACAAAGAAUAACAACAGUAACUACUAAACAAAUUUUGCUAAUAAUGCUAAUAACUAGACACUUCAUAGUACAAUUGAAAACGAAUAUUCUACAAUAUAAAAAGUUUAAGGUAACUUCUUUAGCAAUUCUACAAAUGCCAAUUAAACUGCGAAUCCGAUAUUGCAAUUAAAUGCCCAAACAGUAGAGCCUUAAUUGCCUUAGAUUUUAUUGGAAUAAUAAGAAAAUAUCAAACGUAGUAAAAAGAACGAAUCACUGCAAACAAGCAGUGAAAAGCAUCUUCGUGAAAAUUAUCCUUUUUUCCUAGAAAAUUCAGAUUCAAAAGAACAAGGCAGAGACUAAAAUGAUAACUUAUAAAAUUAGUUUGAAGGCAUGAUUAAUUCAAAUGAAUAAAAGUCAUCAAAUGUUUCUCUUAUUCCUAUUACAAAUAUAAAUCCUUAAUAUACUGAAAAUUACUUAAUUUAAGGUAAUUCAAACAGAAUUUUGCAAUAGCUUUAAAAUAUGGGAGCAGGAAAACAGAAUUAUUUCAGAAAGGAGUAAUCAGGGAUCAAUGAAUAGAACUAAUAAAAUUUAAAUUAAAAGAAAGACUCAUAAUUAGAUUACGAUUAGAGUGUGAUGGUUUUUUAGAGUAGCUAAGACACUUUGAAAAAAGAAAAACUUGAACAAUAAGACCAAGGCUCAACAGGAUUGAAAAAAUUAAACAAUCAGAAAAGCAAUAAUGAAAUAAGCGAAUUAAGUUUUGAGGCUAAAAAUAUUGAUAAUUCUUUGAAGAAUUUGUCAAGUAUAGAAACAAAUACUAUAAACUCUUUGUAAAUGUAAAAUAACUGCUUUAAUUUAAUAAGCAGCACUCCCAACAAUAACCUAAGUUCAAGCUACAUGUACAAUCAAGGUGGCUUGUAAACACCAAAGCAAAGCUAAAAUAAAUUCAGUGUUAUGAAAAUUAUUGAUAAUACCAGUAUCCCUAUUAGUAAAUAGAUUAUAAAAUAAGAUGCUGUUGUUAUCAGUAAGACUAGUAGCUCAAUAAAUGCUUCGCCUUAAAGUAAUUAAAGAAGCAACAAACACUAGAUUAGCCCUACUUCUAAUGCAAAACUUAAUAAAAUAAUUGAACAGAGAUCACUCUCACAAGAAAAAGGUUUAACUUCAAAAAGUUUAGGAAAUUUUGCACCUUAACAGUUUAUCAACAAGCAGAUUUAUGUUUAGGAUAAUUCAUAGUUUAAUCAAAACUUAAUUAAUUAAUCGAUUGUUUCAACUCCUUAUUAAAAUUAUAGCAACAAUAAUUUAUCAUCUAUGAACACCUUAGAAAGGCAUAAAGUUAUCAAUUAAAAUUUAAAUAAUCAAAAUUAAAAUAUUUGUUAUGAAUCUUAUUAAUUGCCGAAUUAUCAACAAACAUCGGUUGGAACAGAUAGGUAGGCUCUAAAUUUGAUGACUACUCCAAAAUAAUAUAAUAAUAGCUAAGCCUUGCAUUUCUUAACAAGUGAUUGCUCAAGCUACAGAGUUGAUCCCUUGUAUUAAUAGCAGAUUAAUUAGUAUGCCCUUUAAAAAUCAAGUGAAUUUAAACAAAUCCCUGAAACAACAACUGAUUUAUAAAGAAUGCAGACAGAUUAAUCACUAUUUGAGUCAUACUAAUAUUUACCUUAAAGUUUAAAUUAGCUACAUUCUACCAAAAAUUAAGAUGUGAGAAGCUCAUUUCCAUAUUUGAGCAUUUAAAGUUAAAACAAAAAUACAAAUUAAACACAAUAAAUUGGAAAUCAUAACUAUCAACAUUAAUUUUUUCAUCCAAUCGAUAUCUAAUUAGAAUAAAAAGAGAACAACCAAUCUUUCUAAAAUUACAAUAACAGCUCAGAGUUUUUAAGGUAGUAGCAAAUAGCGAAUUAUCAAAAAUAAUAAGAUAAUAGUGGUUAUUAUUGUGGUAAUUAAUAAGAUAAUUAUGAAAAAUAAGUAAAUGAAAUAGAUUAUGGUGGCAAAUAAUUGGAGUCUUAAUAUUUAAUGUAAAGAUUGAAUUAAAUAUCAAAGCAGCAGUAAUAAUAAUUAUAAUCAAAGCAAUAAUAAAACUUGAAGUCAAAAUAAAAUCUAUCUAAACAUUCAAAUAACUAAACAAUAGACUAAUCUAAAAUAGAAAGGAGUUUUAUUACUACUACAGAAGAGCUUGGUGCUGAGCUUUAAGAAAAUAAAAUUUCUACAAAUAGACUGAAGCAGCAUGUAUAGUGUCUAGAAAAUCGCAUAAGGAAACUAGUCAACGAAGAUGAGAAUUUGGAAAGAAAAUUGCAAUUGAUUACAUAGAGAAAAGAAGAUAUGAGUUAAAUAAAAAUGAAAAACAAAGAAGAUAACUUAAGAUUACAGAAUUUAAAAUAUAGACAAUAAGAAUAAAUUAAAGAAAUGAAGAGGAAAAUAUCUCAAGGUAGAAUCUAAUCAAAAGAGAGAUUAGAAUAGAGUAAAAUGCAAUUACAAAUGUAAAAAAGGCAUAUUGCCAAUUAAGUUAAAGAAGUGAAUUAAUCUAACAAAUCUUUAUUAGACGAAACGAGAAACUAGGAAGCUCUUAGAAAUAGCUUUAUCAUCAGUAGUAUAAAAAAUUUAGAGCGUAAACUAGUUGAAGACAAAACAAACAGAGCAACUCAAGCAUUGCAAUAAAGUAAAAUUAGUUAAAUGAAUAAAAUAGAAUAAGAAUAAGAAUAACAAGAAGAGCUAAAAAUGAAAAUCUAACAACUUGAGUAAAUUGAACAGUAAUUGAUUGACAAUCUCGAAUAAAAAUACGAAUAAAAUAAAAGCUUUUUGUAUGUUUGA